AUGCUCUUCGCCGCCCGCCGUCUCGUCGCCCGCGCUCCCGCCGCGCUCCGCGUCGCCCCCACCCCGGUCACCGCCGCCCCGCGUCUCUUCACCUCGUCCGCGCUCCGCUUCGCCGCCGGCCCUCCCGUCAUCCAAGGCGAGGGCGGCAAGGACGGUGAGAUGCCCACCGACGAGCAGCAGGCCACCGGUCUCGAGCGUUUCGAGCUCCUCGGAAAGCUCCAGGGCCAGGAGGUCUUCGACAUGGAGCCCCUUCAGAUGACCCACCUCGGAACCACCGAGAACCCCAUCCAGAUCAAGUCCUACUGGCCCACCCGUAUCGUCGGCUGCACCGGUUACCCCGCCGACUCGCACGACACCAUCUACCUCCACCUCAACCGCGACCUCAAGCACCACCGAUGCCCCGAGUGCGGCAGUGUCUACCAAAUGGACUUCGAGGGUGACGAGCACGCCGGCCACCACUAG